GCUGCUCAUUACAGAAAUCUGAUCAAAACCGAGUGAUGGAGUGAGCCUGCUGAGGAAAUUCUACGUUCAGCAAAAUACCACAGGCCGCAGAAAAGGCCCGAAGCAAGGCCUCCAAUCAGGGCAGCAACGCGUCUAGCGCUCUUUCUGAAGCUCGAGUACAACGCACUAUAUUGAUGGCGCAAUUGGAGUCACUGGAGGAGCAACUGGAGUUGGACAUGGAAGAAGUGAGAAUAAAAUCAAAGAAAGAAAAACUUAAACUGCAAACGAAAGUGGCGGAAGCUGAAGCCAGAAUAAACACUCUUACGGAGUCACAGUUCUUGCACUUCCAAACUUCAUCUAGAACUUCAACCAAAUAUAUUGUUCCAAUGACAACAAAAAGGGUUCAAACAAAACAUAGAGCAUACUCUGACCAAAAUGUCACUUACAAAGUGACACAUACGCCAUCACAAGUAAAACUGGAGACCCAAGACCCAUCUUCAAUCACUAUCAGAAGGCCUUUGCAAAGUUCAAUACAAAAGGAAGCUCAGGGAGAUAUCCCUCGUUUGGAUGAUGAUUCCCUCACAGAUGUCAUGAAAAGGCAAAAUGUAAUCACAGAACUACUGAUAAAGCAAAGUGCAUUGUCGCAACUUCACAAAGAGAAAUCUCAGUCUUUCAUGGAGACCCACUGCAGUUCAGAUCUUUCAUACAAUCUUUUGAGCAGACCAUCGAAACAAAAACUGACGAUAUGCAACAAAGGGUAAACUACUUGGAACAAUACACAUCUGGAGAAACAAGAGACCUUGUCCGUAGCUGUUUUCAUAUGCCACCGGAAGAGGGAUAUAAGGAAGCUAAGAAACAACUUGAAUGGCAUUUCGGAAAUAAAGUUAAAAUCACAUCUGCUUUCAUGGACAAGGCACUGAGGUGGCCUACUAUCAAGUCAGAAGAUGCAUCUAGUCUGAGGUCGUUUGCACUCUUCUUGAAAAGUUGUCAUAACACAAUGAGGGAGCUGGACUAUGUUACAGAUCUUGAAACACCCUCCAAUUUAAAGAUCAUUGUGUCAAAGCUACCAUUUAGGCUUCGUGACAAGUGGAGAGCGGUAGUCUACAACAUCUACGACAAACACAAGCAGAGAGCGACAUUUAGAGAUCUACUUGCAUUUGACAAACAAUCACAAAAGAUGCUGGACCCAAUCUUUGGAAAGAUUCAAAGCCCAUUGAAGCAAACUUCCGAAUCAAAAGGCCAGUACAAAGCCUACUCCAAAGCAAAUAGUAGGGGGAGCAGUUUCGCUACGACUGUUUCGCCAGUGUCAAAGGCUGAGCCAUCCAAGAAUGACAAGCAAGGUGGAAAUACCAUGAAUGGUUCUGAUGCAUUUGUAAAGCCUUGCAUGUUCUGCAAUAAAAAUCAUCCAAUGGAAGUAUGUGAAGUAUUUAAAAAUAAACCAAACAAAGAAAAGGUGGACUUCUUGAAAGUUAAAGGACUGUGUUUUGGGUGUCUACAAAGAGGACACAUGAGCAAGAAUUGUAAGAAGCAGAUGUCGUGUAAUGUGUGUAAAAGGGGUCAUCCAACCAUGCUACAUAUACACACAAAGGAAACCCAACAGCAUCAGGAUCACGCUGAAGAAUUCUCUGGUUCCAAUGCAGUCGUUUCUUUAGCAACUGGUAGCCAUACUGGGGCUGGCACAAAAGAAUGUGCUCUAGCAAUCGUCCCAGUCAAAGUGAAGUUGGAGAAAGGUACGAAAUGUAUCCAAACCUAUGCUUUCCUACAUCCAGGGAGCUGUGCAACAUUUUGUACCAAGGAAUUAUCCAUGCAGCUUCACGCCCUUGGUAAGAAAACAGAAAUACUUUUGAAAAUAAUGGGACAACAGAAACCAAUAACUAGUUAUAAAAUAUCUGGCAUAGAAGUAGCAGCACUAGACAGUAACUCAUUUCUCAAAUUGCCUGACGUUUUCAUACAAAAAUCAAUUCCAGUGACACACAACAACAUUCCGAAAUUGGAUGAUAUAAGAAAAUGGUCUUACCUGAAAGAGGUCGACUUGACUCCAAUCAAUGCAACCACUGGCCUACUAAUAGGUGUCAAUACACCGAAGUCUCUAGAACCCUGGAGAAUAAUUAACAGUAGAGGUGAUGGGCCCUAUGCUGUUAAAACCCUUCUUAGCUGGGUUAUCAAUGGUCCACUCGGCUAAGGCGGGAUCGAAAAUGACAAGGAUACCACUGUUCAAGUCAAUAGGAUAUCUGUCGUUAACCUGGAAAACCUUUUGAUGCAACAAUAUAAUCAGGAUUUCAUGGAACAGCACUAUGGAGAAAAGAAUGAACUGUCACAGGAAGAUCACCAUUUUAUGAGUAUCAUAUCUACUUCAGCUGAACUUAAAGAUAGUCAUUACCACUUAAAACUCCCCUUUCGUAACAGCAAUGUGAUCAUGCCCAGCAAUAGGCAAAUAGCCCAUCAAAGAACUCAACAUCUGCUGAAGAGAUUCGAAAAGGAUCAAAAGUUUUAUAAUGACUACAAAUCAUUUAUGAACAACAUUAUAACCUGGGAAGAAUGGCUUCGCUCGCUUCAUCUACUGGAUCCUUUCAAGGUAAAUCAGAACUUUAUUCCUAAGGGCUUUGAAGACUUCAAACCACUUUUGUGAUGCUAGUGAAGUAGGUUAUGGUGCCGUAUCCUACCUUCAGUUCACAAACGGUUUGGGUGAAGUCUGUGUGUCCUUUGCCUUUGGAAAAGCUAAAGUUGCACCUCUUAAGUGUACUACCAUCCCCAGAAUGGAAUUGGCAGCAGCAGUCUUAGCUGUACGUAUGGAUCACAUGCUGAAGACAGAGCUACAACUCUCAUUAUCAGAUUCCA